CGCACUCUCCUCCCAGACUUAUCCUCUUCUCCCCUCCCUCCUUCGAAACCUAGGGCACCCCGCAGUGCCUCAACACGCAGUCCACGCCGCCGCCGCCGUAGCGCGGCAGUCCACACAGCUCCUCUGCACGGCCGCAUCUGCCGCAUCCACCCAUCCCACCACCGCACCUCCGCUCCGCCGCAUCCACGGAUCCACACCUAAACCUAGCCUCGCUGCAUCCCGCCGCCGCACCUCCGCAUCCCCCACAUCCACCGAAUCCCGCCAGAGCUGGAAGGAGUCACCACCACCAGGCCGUGGGGACACGGAGCCCUAAGCCGGAGGGAGGCGCCAAGUUGCAAACCGGAGGAUGGAGCCCUGAGCCGGAGGGAGGCACCAAGCUGCAGGCCGGAGGGAGGCGCCAACUCUGCUUACGCAAAUCCAAAGGUACUCUGCUUGCGCCACGCUCGAGCUGGGACUGGUCGUUGGUAGAGAUCUCCCAAGUAGUUCUGCCUGCUUGACCAAGCUGGGCGAGAUCUCCCAGUAGUUCUUCAGCGUCGCACUGCAUCUUGUGCAUAUAUCAAAGAUCCCUCGGCAUCGGUUCUUCUCCAUCGCUGUCGGGCGAGAUGCCCGUCGCCGUGGAGGACAGGGGCGGCACCGUGGCGCUGAUGCCGGCAUCCCUCUUCCUCCUGGGCACAUGGCCGGCUCUCCUGACGCUGCUGGAGCGCAGAGGCCGGCUGCCUCAGCACAUCUACCUCGACUACUCCAUCACCAACCUCGUCAUCGCCGUCCUGAUGGCCGUCGCGUUUGGGCAGGUUGGAUAUAGCAGGCAAGACUUCUUCACUCAGCUCACCCAGAUGCAGGACAAUUGGCCUUCAGUCCUAAUCGCAAUGGCCGGUGGCCUUGCCCUCAGUCUUGGGAACCUGGUCUCGCAGUACGCAUGGGCGUUUGCCGGUCUAUCAUUGACAAACGUCAUCUGCGCAAGCAUGACAGUUGUUUCAGGCACGACCAUAAAUUAUUUUCUCGAUGGUCGUAUCAAUCGAGCGGAGAUACUCUUCCCGGGUGUCGUGUGCUUCCUCAUGGCGGUGUUCCUUGGUGCAGCCGUCCAUUCUUCCAAUGCCAAGGAUGAUGAACAGAAGCUAAGCAUGAAGAGUGCAGACAUCGAGCUCAGCAGUGACUUCAGACAAAGCGAAGUUGCUGCCUGCUCCUGAAGAAUCGAAGAAUGGAGAUGAAGAAGAUUACAGCGCUUCCAAUGAGUUGAAACCAGGCACUGCAGAGUUCAUCAUCCAGGUUGAGGAGAGACGGUCAAUCAAGGUCCUUGGCCAUAGAAAGUUGCUAGGCCUCAGUCUCGUUUUCUUUGCUGGGGCCUGCUUUUCUCUCUUCUCACCGGCGAUCAACCUAGCCACCAACGACCAGUGGCGUGCCCUGAGGAAGGGUGUCCCGCACCUGUUGGUCUACACCGCCUUCUCUCUCAAAAUCUUGUUAGAAUAGGCUAAAAGCUACUGCUAUAAUUGUUAUUUUAUGACACUGAAGUGUAAUACUUUGUACAGGGUGAGAAUGCACUAUACUAGUUAAGCCUUCUUGUAGUCUUUUGUUCGGAAUAGUACUACUUUUGGUUAUUAAUCCUUGUAGUUAUCACUGAGGUGUUCAAUAUGAAUAUCCCUACAGCUAAUUAUGUGUUGUCAUAUUAAUGUAUCAAAGUUACCUUAUGGGUUGUCAUAUUACAAGCAAGCUAAUUCUUGUGUCAAAGAUACAACAUGUUUUUACUUCCUAGUUCCUAGCAUGUUAAGUAAUACUAAUUUGUUAGUUUUUCCUUCCACUUAUUUACAAAAACUGAAACCAGUUUCUGGUCUGUCUGUGUUUGCUUAUAAAUCUCUGAUUUGGAGAAGCAGCUAGAGGAACAGAAAGAGGCAUCAAGGAAGAUUGAAGAAGCAGCCAAGAAGAAUGCUGAGGAGACUGAAAAUGUGAGGCAAAAAUCACUUGAAAUGCAAGGCUUCCUUCAUACCUUGUUCACCGAGAAAUUUCCAUCAGGCAUUCUGCCAGAUCUUCAGCAGUAAGCUAUUGUGUCGUUGUUGUUAUGUAAAUUUGAGACAACAAUUUCUUGAAUUGUAAGACUAUUAUAGUAAAAUUAUUGUGAUGUCUUGCUGUGUUCAAGCAGCAGAUUCUUGAAUUGUAAGACUGGUGAUUUGGAGAUAAUAUUAUGUGAUGUAUGGGCUGAUUUCUGUGA